CAGGAGGUGGCCGCCCCGGAAAUGGCCUCCCCGGUCGCCGCGGAGGAGGCCGCGCCAACCGCCGCGGGGCAGGCUGCGCCGGCCGCCGCCGACGUCGCGGAGGUGCGCGACGAGGCGGCGGAGCCAGGCUGCCUCGAUCUGCGGGCCUUCCCGCGCUUCGCGCCCUUGCUGGCCAGCACCCAGGAGUAUGCCCAGCUGACAGGCUGCCGCUUUCAGUCGGACUCCCUGUGUAGCCUCAGCUCCUUCCUACUCUCCGCGGACCUGAGCACGGGGUCUGGGGAGCCCCAGUCGCAGCGGGCGGAGCUGCUCGCGGCAAAGCGAAGGGCCGCCCCGACGGUGCUGGAGUUCACUGAGCGGCUAAAGUUGGGCGAGGAGGGGCUGAUGGAGGAGCUGGAGAAGGCCUCGCGCAUGGUGAUGUCGGAGAGCGUCCGGAGAGGCGUCGUGGCCACGGCCCAAAACCUCUGCAUGUGGCCCCCGGACCCGCCGCCCGCCAGCGUGGCCGAGGGCGACUGCUCCUACGAGGACACUUCGGCCCCGAUGGACGCGAUCGCGCAGCGGGCGCGGAGCUCGCAGCACAAACUUACAUUCAGAGGAUGGCCAGUUGGGGCAACGACAGCUGGCAGCUCGGGAAACUUUGCGUUUGGACCCCGGGAUGGGUCGGGGGUGGAGUUCGAGCUGCACUUGUUUCAACUCGUCCUCCUCCGAUCCACUUUCGGAGGCCCGCGCAGCUGUUGCUCGGCUGCGCCAGGCGGCCUGCCAAGCUGGGCCCUGCGCGCUAGGGAGGCGGGUCCAGCGCCCAUCCCAGAAGUGCGCGCAGAGCUUCCGACAGUUUUGUGCUCAAACCUCUGGUCGACGCACGGAAUUCAGGACCCCUUUGAGCGCGGGAGGGGCUCUGGUGUUCGGGCCGUUCGGCGCGGAGCGCCGUGGCCAGGAAGGCCCCUUCGUUCUUUCGUCAGCGCCCCUACUGGUAGCUGCAUGCCUUGAACCGUCCCUUCUCCCUCUACAGGCGUGGAACGACGAGUCGCAGCGGGCGCGGCGCGGCGGCGCGGAGGGGCUCGAGCGGCGGGUGCUGACGGCGUCGUACCUCGUUGACUUCGCCACCCGGGCCGGCGCUCCGCUGCCGCCCGUGCCGGAGACCUUCCCAUGAUGGUCACAGAGCUGCAGGCCCGUGCGGCGGAGUGGGAGGAGCGCCAGAACCCAGGCGGCGGCGCAGGAGGGGCGGGUGCCGCCAGAGCGGGCGCCCGGCACGGCUACCUGCUCGUGGUUGACAGCCUGGAGGUCUCGGGCCUGGAGGAG